AUGCAAAAGGACAGCAACCGACUCGCCCUCCUCUCUAUAUGGUAUAUUAUACUUAAGUAUGGUAUGCCGGAGGCGAUGCCUUUUGGUACCUCUAUCUUCGAUAUCUGCGACAAAUUAGGACUCGUCGUCACGUGUGAUGAGAAAUCGUCAGUAAAAGAACUCUUCGAAAAACAACGAGUGGGCGUCGACGCGUUAAACACUUCACACCAUGCUGGUCGACAGGGCCCCCUCUCCUGGGCCGAGCGGCGCAGGAAUCUCGGACAACGCAUCAUCGGCCUUUGGUUGAAAGCAGCCGUACCGGUAAUCAUAAUCGAUGGCCCGGAAACGGCGCCCGGCGCGGGCAAGUACUCGCAAAUCGACGCGCGGGCGCGCGCCCACAACCCUUUAACAGUCGUCCCGACGAAAGACAAGGACGCGUUCUAUGACGCGGGCCAGCCGUGGUGGUCCCGGGACGUGAUCGGCGACAACUUCCAAAGAUGGCGCGUCGAGUUCGCAGCGGACUGCCAAGAGGCCCAAACCGUGGCCAUCAUUUGCUGCCGCGGCGAAGCCGAGGCCGCGCUCGCCUGGCUCGAGAGCGACCAGGAGAUCGGUGGUAGAACGAGUCUUUCGUGUCUGGACAAGGGGGCGGUGUCCGACAAGGACUGGUUCGGCUACGCGGGCCUGGAAGCGCUGCGACUCAAACGGGGUUAUAAGAACCCCUCGAAGCGCUGGUGGGAGGUGCACCGGCGGUAUGACGUGUUGAAGGGCCUCGGCCUCGCGACCGACGACAGCAUGCGGUGCUUGUUGUUCCUCCUCGGCAUCAACGACAUCCCGCCGCCCGUCGAGGCGAUCUUGCCUAGAGCCGCGCGGGCCGUCGCCGCCAAGGCCGCGUUCGAUAGCGCGUACGGCGGCGCCAACGCGUCGUCCGCCGCGACGCAGGCGUACCGGACGAUCCGGCGGCAGCGCCUCGACGCGGCACUCGAGACGCUCAGCUUCGUCCAGCGCCUGGCCGCCGCCGCGAAGCGCCACGGCCACGACGGCGCGCUCGCCGUGCUCAUCCUCCUCGCGCGGCGCGACGACAACGACACGUCGCUGUGUUCCGACGAGGACUACCAAAAGUACGUCCUCAAGUUCCUCGGCGAGCCUCGCGAGAACGGUCAACGGUCGUUCUCGCGGAACGUACUCGUGCGCCAGCUCGAGGCCUACGACGAGGAGGCGAGGAACGGCGGCGCGCGCGCCGCCUGCGGUGUGGGCGCGUCCGACGCCACGAAGAAACGCCUUCGGAACAGCGUCCGUGAGGCGGCCUUCCCACGCCGCAUCAUCGACGCGAAGAGCGCGCCGAAGGCCUUAGAGUGGGCCUCGGGCCUGUUCGGCGGGAACCUUCUCCCGAAAAAGGGGGAACCCGAUUACGCGAAGAUCGUGCAGAAGUUCCGGGACGUGCGCAAACUCUACAAAAACGACGACUCCGACUAGGAGGGUGUUUGGAACUAGCACGCUCAUAAGGAUUCGAGUUCUAUUG